AUGGAGCUCUCCCCGGGAACGGGUGACACCCUCACCCACGGUCCUCAUCCGCAUGCGUCCCCAACUUCGAUGGCCGCGACCACGGCGGCCACGGCCGUCGACUCUCCAACCCAACCGGAUCCUUCCUCUCAGAAACCAUCCCUCUCCCGAUCAGCCUCUCUUUUGCAACAGAAGCGGUCAUCGCUCCCACCUCGUGCUCACGCCGGAGCUCGCCACGCGAAACGCUUAACCCUAAACUUCCCCAUCAACAUCCCGCUGGACCAGCUUUCAGCUGCAACUACCGCAGAACCCACCGUCUCUUCCCCAGGAUCCAUGACCCCCGUGACACCGUCAUCGACUCGGCUAUCCCCCGCACUCCCCGCGGGGACUCCCAUGCCCUUCGAUGUCGAAGACGACGGCUACGAUUUCCUCCGCGCCAUUGCCUCGCAAGAACGGAAGGUAUUGGAGCUUCGAGAGGAGCUGCACCGGGCCGAGACGGAAUUGUCGACGUUGAAGAAACAGUGGGCACAAUCGGAAAGGACCAGGAAACGGACUGAAAUCAGCCUUCAUGCUGAACCGCUACUACCGCUGCGGACUGCCGAUCUCAACGCUCCCGAUGCAUCAAGUUCCCAUCGUCGGGAGCAGAGCCUGAGUUCGGUGGCAAGCUCGUCAGUGUCACAAGAGCGAGUCAGUCGGGAGCUCGACAGACGCUCCAGUGUGCGUGUGGCGCCUGUGGCGCCUCCCAAGGGAAGCACUAUUUCGGCCAACGGUCGGCGGGUGUUUCAGGGGUCUCACACCCGGACGCUCUCUCUGCUGUCCCCGAUCACCGCACCCAGUCCGCCUAGCGGUGGAGCUAGCCCGUCUGAUAGUGAUCGUGUAGGUCGCACCCCUCGGUCAGCGACGUUGCCAUCGGUGGAGCGUGGGAAUGUGUCUAGUAUUGGGGAUCCCAUGGAUGAGAGCCAGGUCCCAGACCAUGUACUGGCUCAGUGGCGAAAGAACAUGCCUCCUCCAUCAAGGGAGGCCCUGAUGCGUACGGGCAAGCAGAUGGCUUCGGAUCUACGCGAAGGCUUGUGGACAUUCUUUGAAGAUAUUCGACAGGCUACAGUCGGCGAGGAAGGUAUCAACGCGACAGAGUCACGCACCACGUCUCAAUCAAACGGUUCAUUGGCGCCCUCCGCCGCACGCAAGCGAGACUCGUUGGCGAAAUCACGGAGUCGAGAGCGACUAUCCGCUACGGGAACUGUCUCACGAUCGUCGUCGUCAUCGUCGGCACGGGGCAGGGGGACAGCGGCCGAGAAAACAUCUGGUAAAGACACCAAAUCGGCAAACAUUUCUACGUCUUUCUGGGAUGAAUUCGGGGUUGAUUCACCAGCGCAGACGUCCCCCCGCCCCGGCGCUCAUCGCAGCCCCUCCGACAACACCAUCGCCGCCACGACCCCACGGGACAAGACCGACUCCGGGCCUCCCGAUCACCGCUCCACCAGUCAAGUCGAAACGGAUGAUGAUACCGUCGAUAACUGGGAUAUGUGGGAUACGCCGCUGCCCGCGUCCAAGAUGACGCACACACCCUCGUCGAGCCGGUCAACGGUGGAAUCCUCAAAACUUGAUCAAUCACCCAAUACACAAGGCAGCAGCCCCCGAACGAGUGCUAGCUUUAGCGAGUGGAACCCGAGUUCUGCCGCGCCCGAUCCCAGCGUCACCGAAGGCAUUCCCUGGCCGACCAUCACCAAGCUGGCCCCCUCGAAACUCCAGCGUACCGCCUCGAAUCUCAUGGCCGAGUGGGAACGUAGUCUUUCGCCAUCCCCAUCUCCCGAACGGAAGGACUCUUCCGGAUACAAUCGUGGCAAAAACGACAAAAAGGACUAA